GCAUCCCCUUUCUCCUAUCGGUUCUCGGACUUAGAUGCGGCGUCCGUGGACUCGGAUAUGUACGAUCUGCCCAAGAAAGAGGACGCUUUACUUUACCAGAGCAAGGGCUACAACGAUGACUACUACGAGGAGAGUUACUUAAGCACCAGGACUUACGGGGAGCCUGAGUCUGUAGGCACAUCCAAGGGCUUCCGCCAGCCCGCCGCUUCACUCUCAGAUGCUGACACCUUCCACCACCAGGUUCGCGAUGACAGUCUUUUCUCUUCCGAAGAAGAAGGCAAGGAUAGGGAGCGCCCCGUGUAUGGUCGGGACAGUGCCUACCAGAGCAUCGCACACUACCGCCCCGUUUCCAACGUCUCCAGAAGCUCCCUGGGCCUGUCCUAUUACCCCACCUCCUCCUCUACCUCUCCAGUGUCCUCAUCUUCAUCUCCCCCACCUUCGUGGCUCACGCGCCGUGCCAUCCGGCCCGAAAAGCAGGCCCCUGGGGCUGGUCUGGGUCAGGAGCGCCAGGUCCCACUCUGGGGUCAGAUGCUACUGUUCCUGGUCUUCGCUGCCUUCCUGCUCUUUGUUUACUACUCCAUGCAGGCCGAGGAUGGCAACCCCUUCUGGGCGGACCCCUGAGGGUCUGGCUUCGUGGUUUUGGGGCCAGCUGCUCUUGGAAGUCCUGGCUGACUGCCUUAGCAGUGUUUGCUGGGGGAGGGGGGUUGGGGCUUUUCUGUGUUCUAGCUUGGGGGUCCUGGGAAAGGGGCAAUGUUUGCUUCCCCUGCCUUGUCCUGCCAGGGAGGCAGCAGGACCAGACCCUCUGCAGCAUGGUGGGCCUGGGCGGGCCUUCCUCUGGAGCCUCCUGGCCCUGCUUGCCUCUGACCCUUAAGGGCCUAGGAGGGCAAGAUCCUUCUCCUGGAGAGAACAUGGUUGUUGUCAUUGCAUGAUUCGUUGUCACCUCAUUGGGGGGAUUAACCAAAGGCCACCCUGACUUUGUUUUCAUGAACGCACAAUAAAAAGACCGUUUAUUUUUAA